AUGAUUGUAGUCAGUGGAGUGUUCUCAAAAGCGUCCAAUGAUUUUGGUGCAGUGAUUUCAGUUCCAACUCAACAAAGCUGGGUUUGGCCUGAUGAAUUUUAUGAAAAGGAAAAAGAAAACAUAGAGCAACCUACGGACAGUUCAACAGUGCCACCAGAAAAUGACCCUUGUGCUAAAUACAAUCCUCUACAGCCGAACUUUGGAUCCGGACGUAGAAUAAGCGAAGCUAAAUGCCAGGAGUACAUUUGGAAUGUAAAGGUGCAAGACAUAAUCGAAAGAAGAAAAGAAGAAUGUGAUGCAUUAUCAAAUCCAGAAUACGGAGGUCCUCCACUUGGUGCUAUCGGUGGACAUGAUACGAACACUGGAGAUUUUCCACAUAUGGGAGCCAUCGGUUGGCGUACCUCUUCUGGUUGGAGAUUUAUGUGUGGGAGUACACUGGUUAGUCCCAAGUUUACAGUGACCGCAGCACACUGUUCUCAAACGUCAGCAGCAGACACGAGUGUUGAUAACAUAUACCCUGAAGUAGUAAGGCUCGGAGACAAAAAUAUCAAACAUCAGGCUUUCGGCGGUGAAGGUCCAAUAGAUAUAGGAAUUUUAAAAUUUACUAAGCAUCCAGAUUACAAAGCGCCCAAAAAGUACUAUGAUAUAGCUAUCAUAGAGUUGGCAGAAGCAGUAAAGUUUACAGAUACUAUCCAACCAGCUUGUUUAUGGACAAAAGAUGAUACUAAUGAACUUGGAACUAAAGCUACACUCACUGGGUGGGGUGUGAUUGAAUUAGCAAGCAAAAAAACAUCGGAUGAACUACAAGUGGCAGAUGUGAAUAUCAUAGACUCAGGUCUGUGUGAAUCUCUACUGGGAAGCUAUUGUAAUAGACUAUGGUGUGGACUCAAAGAUCAAAUAUGUGCUGGGAAAUUAGAAGGUGGUGUAGAUGCAUGCCAAGGAGAUUCAGGUGGACCUCUACAGAUAGAGAUACCACUGGACUUUCCGUCGAAGAACAAAUUUCAUUACCUCAUCGGAGUGACGUCGUUUGGAGUAGGGUGUGCGCGGAAGGACAUACCUGGCGUGUACAUAAAAGUUGCCAGCUUUAUUGAUUGGAUCGAACAAAUUGUAUGGGAAUGAAAUAAGAUUUAAUUUUUAAUCAAAUUAAAACAAAAUAAAUUAACAGUAUAUAUUUUUUAAU